AUGUUCAGUGUAUCGUACGGCCGAUUCCUGGGGUACUUAGUCACACAACGAGGUAUCGAGUGUCCAACUCGGCCGUCAGCUCAGCUCUCAUCCAAGAAGAACUUGGGGCCCAACAUCCGAUGGAGCGUCAAACCAAAAGGAGGUGGAGCAGAGUACGAGGCAUUGCUCGCUGGCUUGCUAGAGCAAGCUAUCACGAUUGGCUUCCCGGCUUCAAACAACGAGGUAGAGUAUAAGGCAUUGCUCGCUGACUUGCGCUUGGCAAAGGAGCUAUCAAUUAAGAAGAUGGCCAUCUACUCAGAUUCCCAACUGAUCACAAGUCAAGCCUUAGGAGAAUACAUGGCGAAGCACCCAAGGAUGAUCUUGUACCUUGACAAAGUCCAAGAGCUGUUGAAGGCGUUUCCCAUUUUCACCAUCUAG